AGCUUACUCGCUGAUUAUGGGUUUGACUUGUAGGUGGAGGCCCGUAUCAAUUCUUUCUUCUUGUCCUUUUCUUCCUCCUCUGAUAUCGUUUAUUCUGUCUCCCCUUUCAGUUUCUAGCUGCAAUUCUUGGAGGAACCCAGAACCCAAAGCUGUCAACUCCUUUGUGCCUAGGGAUUUAUCAUUUUCCCACUCAUCAAGUAUAAUACAAUGAUUACAUGCCUUUAGACUUUGGCUAGUAAUGAUUUGUGCUCAAAGCCCCCAAGAGUCCAGACAUUUAUUUAUUUCUUUGCUCCUUAUAUUUCUCCAGAAUCGUUUGUCCUUGUUUUUGGCAUUUUCAUGUGCGGGUCGCUCGUUUGUUGCGGAUUUUCUGUAAUUUCAAAUUUAAAUUCUAACAAAAUGGGAAUCUUUUCAUGUGUUUAGGCGCUUUGCUUCACCUCAACGCUUGCAUUUGAGUGGUGUAUCUGUAUAUCGACCCCUUAAGUUUCGUAUGUCAGUCCUAAUUGUUCAUGUAUGGAGUCAUUCUCCACUUAAUUCUCUUUCCUAUUAUUGAUAGAGUUGUUGCCGACCAUCUGCCUUCAUAUCCUGAAAUCUGAACCCUUUACUUUCUCUAAGGAAAAAAAUUCCGUAGUUUUUCUAUCGAUCACUACCUGAUCCAGUCCUAUUGGUGUAAACUCAAUUCCUGAAACGCAUCAGCUUCUAUUAUUAUUAUUAUUAUUAUUAUUAUUAUUAUGUAAUAACUUCUAUUUGGCUCUACCAUCUGUAACAUCUCUCAACAUGCUCACAUCAUAGGCGUUGAUGUCAAUUAUCUGUGGGCUUCCUAUACUUGAGUGUGUUUAUUGUCUGGCAUGUGCUCGCUGGGCUUGGCAGAAAUGUCUCUAUACUGCUGGAUAUGAGAGUGAAAACUGGGGUCUAGCUUCUGCGGAAGAAUUUGAGCCUGUACCUCGAAUGUGUCGUCUCAUAUUAGCUGUCUAUGAAGAUGACAUUCGUAACCCUCUGUGGGCUCCCCCUGGGGGUUAUGGCAUUAAUCCUGCCUGGGUAACCUUACGUAAAGACUAUGGGGAUAACCAAGGUCGUGUUACUCCCUAUAUGAUAUACCUUGAUCAUGAUCGUGCUGAAAUUAUCCUGGCUGUUAGCGGACUCAAUUUAGCAGUGGAAAGUGAUUAUGCAGUUUUGCUUGACAACAAACUGGGGCAAACAGAAUUUCAUGGUGGUUAUGUUCACAAUGGGUUAUUGAAAGCGGCGGAAUGGGUUUUUGAUGCAGAGUUCGAGGUUCUCAGGGAUCUGGUUGCAGAAAAUCCUGCAUACACGCUGAUAUUUAGUGGGCAUUCCCUAGGGGCUGGGGUGGUGGCAUUGUUGACAUUGAUAGCAAUUCAUAACCGAGACAAAUUGGACAUAGAAAGAAACAGGAUAAAAUGCUAUGCUAUAGCUCCUGCUCGGUGUAUGUCUCUCAAUUUGGCUGUAAGAUAUGCAGAUGUUAUCUAUUCUGUCGUACUCCAGGAUGAUUUUUUACCACGGACAACCACUGCUUUACAAGAUGUCUUCAAGUCACUCUUUUGUUUGCCCUGUUUGUUGUGCCUGAUGUGCUUGAAAGAUACUUGCACGUUGGAGGAAAAGAUGCUCAGGGAUCCAAGGCGCCUAUAUGCACCUGGUCGUCUUUAUCAUAUUGUUGAGCGAAAGCCCUUCAGGGUGGGGAGGUUUCCACCUGUUGUAAGGACAGCAGUGCCUGUUGACGGGAGGUUUGAGCAUAUAGUUCUUUCUUGCAAUGCAACUUCAGACCAUGCUAUCAUUUGGAUAGAAAGAGAAGCACAAACGGCUCUUGAGUUAAUGCGAGAGAAAGGUCGGCUUAUGGAGGUCCCAGCAAGGCAGAGGAUGGAACGGAAUGAAUCUCUAGCUCGACACAACCAAGAGUACCAGGCAGCGCUUGAGAGGGCCGUUGCUCUGGAUAUUCCUCAAGCAUACUCACCUUCAUCAUACGGAACAUUUCAUGAGACUGAUGCAAGGGAGGAUUCUGCUAGUACAAGCGGUAAGGUGCCCCCCUGGUCUGGCAAGAAGCGAAAUGAUAGUUGGAAUGAAUUUGUUGGGCGGUUGUUUGAUGUGGAUGAUUCUGGUCAUAUGGUGUUCAAGAAAAUACAUCGAUAAAAUAUAAUUCUGUCUUUAUGUACACUCGCGAAUAGAAACCAUUCUUUGCGUUUUCCUUUGUUUACCCAAGUGUAUAGACGAUAGAUAAUGUAAUGCUCGAUGAAUAUCCAAAGAUAAUUGAUUAAAUAUAUCCAAAAGAUUACCUAAA